CGUCUUGAAGCUGUUCUUCCACGAGCUUUUGGUAUGCCCCCCUCCCCCCUUCUCGUCUUUGGCACCCUUCUCCUCGUCACUCCCAGCACUACAAUUUUCGUCAUCCUCCCUGGAAAUCAGUUCUUAUUAUGGCAGUCGACUUGCGAAUUUAGUGGAGGCAUGAGCUCUCGUCGAUUCGGAAAGCGCCUGUUGAGAGAGUGCUGGUGCUCAAUAUCAUUAUCAUCCUGUCAAUUGGUGGUGUUCAUGUGUACUUUUACUUCUUCAUCUAUCGGCUCCGUAUUCGUUGGCAUGGAAUAGAAGAAGAACAAGAACAACAAUCAUAACCUGGGAAUAGUCUUUUAAUGAUCAAGAGGAUUCGAGUAAAAAGCGACUGAAGUACGACAGGAUGAGAGCUUCGGAUUCUCUGGUUCCGAGUACUACAAAAUAGAAUGAGUCCAAGAUUAACCUCAAGGAACAAAAAAAGUUGACCAUGAUACGGAAAUUCAUGCUCUUUUGGACCUUAUGGGGAACUUUCGAGCGAGUGUUGCCGAAUCCCUUGGAAGAAUGGAGAACCAGAAUCGAGUCUCAAUGCUUUUUCGACGACAGGAUGCACGCCCUAAGAUGUCGAAACACCGAUUUGAGGCACAUUCAGAGCGGGAUCGACCAGCUCAUUUUCGAGAUCUUCGUGUUGGAUAUCAAUUUCUGCGAUGUGAGCACCCUCAUGGAGCCUCUAAUUGGCAACCAUUCCAUGUCGGAAUUGCGAACGGUGACUUUGGUUAAUAGCGGAUUGGCAGAGAUUGCGGAGAAUGCUUUUAUGGGCUUGGAAGACCACUUGGAGCAUCUGGAUCUAUCUGGGAACCGACUGACCAAUGUGCCCAAAGCCAUUUUGAACAUGGUCAAGCUCAUCUCGUUGGAUCUAAGUCACAACCAAAUCCGCGUUUUACCCCCUGGAUCGGCCUUCAACAACCUCAACACGCUAGUCAGAUUAGACUUGAGUGAGAAUCGGCUGGGAAUUCGGGACUCAAGGUCAGGUGGAGACAGCCAAGACAACGAGGACCCUUGGGAGGUCGAUUCAUCCGUGCCAGCUGAAGAUGAAUCCAUUUCGAAGUUGAACCCCGGAGCGGAAUUAAGUCUCCUAUCAUUUAAUUUGGAACCACUCACCGACACUCUCGAGGAAUUAGAUCUGAGUUCCAAUCAGUUCUCGGGACUCCCCAGCCAAUUCGUCAAUCGGACGUUCGCUCGACUCCGAAAACUCAAUUUAGCUCAAAACCCAUUGAAAGCCCUCUCUCAAGCUGCCUUCGCUGGCAUGGGUCGUCUUGAGGUCUUAAACCUAGCUCAAACCCGACUCACGACCUUCGUUUUGGAUGGGAUGCCACCGGUCUUGCGAGAAUUGCAAUUACUUGGCAACCCUUUGCAAUGUGAUUGCCAAGCCAGGUGGCUUUGGCUCCACGCCACCCAAAGCCAGGCCAAGGAACAGCUUCAAUCGAAGACUUCGCUCGCUCAAGAAGCACGUAAUGCCCAAAUCGAGGAUGAACAACACGACCAAGAGCCUCGACAACUAGCUGAAAACGAACAGACAACCACCGACCUCCAACACGCCGGAGAUGAAGGGGGAAACGAAGCUGAAGGAGGACGCGAACAUGAAGAACAAGAACAAGAAGAAGAAGACGAAGAAGGAGCUGAGGCUGGUGAUCCGAAAACGAGAUUGAAAAUCGAAUUACCCCCAUGCGCAGCGCCUUUCAGUGUCAAGAGCACGAAAUUGACGAGUCUUAAAGACUCCGAGCUUUGUGAAUUGCUCCCUGGCGAUCGUUUACCGCGUUUUUUCCGCGUGACUGAUAAGGACAAGGACAGUUUCCCCGAACUCACUUUCGAGAGCUUGCACCUGAUGCAAGUCACUCCUACCUCGGAUAUGGUGGUGAACCUCACCUGGUCGGUGGACGAGCCCUUUUACGAGACCUCGUACGAUUGGGGUGUCGUCUUCCGGAAGAUUGGAGACGAAACGAAUCCGUCUAAUAUGUUCUUCAAGACGAAAUUGGACCUGGCUCGUCAUGUCCAGUGGCAGAGUGGGUGGCAACCCCACAGCGAAGUGUUUGAGGAUUCACUCGAAGGCUUCGAAUCCGAUACCUACUACGAGAUAUGCUUGGCAGCCGUUCAUCAUUCGACCGUGUUUUACGUGCAUCAGAGCAAUUGUCAAGAGGUGCGGAUGCUGGAAUCGCUUCCUUCCCCUCUUGUCACUCUUCAUCUGCAGGAAUACGACACGCCGAAUGUCACCUUCUCAGCCUCGGAAACGGCCAUCACAUUGGAGUGGAAGCCUUUCCGUGAGAAUAUUAUCCCCAACAGGGCUCCUCAUCAAUUCCCAGAAAAGAGCAACAAGUCCGAGGAGAUGGGGGUCUUCCGUCAUAUCUCACUCAGAGAAUUCGGAGCCGCGAACGCAUCCGAAGUUGCGGUCGUGUUCGAGGGCUUCAACGCCACAUCUCCCCCGACCACAUCGACGACGCUGAGGCACACCAUUGUCGACUUGAAACCGCAGACCGCUUACAUCGUCUGUUUCCACUCAAUUAUGCGGGAGCACGGUGAGGAGGCGUGGGAACAGCCAUUGGAAGAAGUCAGUGGUGCGUCCUCGAAUUUGGAAAUCUGCCGGGAAAUUGUCACCUCAUCAAAAAUGGCGGGAACCUUCAAAUCUAAAUCCAAAUCCAUUACCAAGGAGACAAUGGAGAAAGGCUCGGCUCCAUUGGCAACAAUAACAGCCUCCAAUUCAAUGGAGACCGUGAGUCCAACUGAGUCUCCUUCGUUUUCUUCGCCUUCGGGGGGGUUUCCUUUGACAGAGGUCGUUGCGGCAACGGCGGCAGCCUCGGCCUCCACAGCCAUCAUUGUGGCCAUUCUUUGUUGUUGGUGCUGCGGUCCAAGGCCUUGUUGUUCUCGGAGGACGAGCGAACGCGAUAAUGAGGCUGAGAAUGAGACGAGAACAAAAGGAAACGAAAGAAUUGGCUACAACAAUGAGAACAAGUUGGAUGAUGGCGGGGAAAGCGGAUCAACAAAAGACGAAAAUGACAAUAGCACGAAACUUGUAAUGAAAGUCGAAAACAUGAGCAUUAAUGAACUUAACCCAACCGAAGUGGACGGUGGGUUUCACCAUUCGUACCACCCCCAUCAUCACAGCAGUAUCGACAUGGAACCUCCCGUCGGAAGUCAAGAAGAGGACGACGACGACGACAACGACGACGACGAAGAAGACCAGAACGAUCCCGAAGAAGAAUUGGCCUCCAAUCAAUUCAAGUCUUCCAUCAUUUCCGUUAUCUCCAGUCCAAGUAUUGACACGGUGGAUUAUGACGACGACGGCGACGAGGCAUAUACUCAACGAUUCCGAUCCAAAGCCAAUUUCCAAGAGAGGUUCUCAGACAUCUCCAUUCAAGGGGAUCGCGUGACCUUGGAAGACACGGUGGUGAUCCCACCCGAGGAGAAGUCCAAUCGAACCGCCACCAACAGCCAUAAGGUGUCGGUCCAAGACCGACCCCGCUCAUCCUCAUCCCCGUCCAAGUUCUGGCCUUCGUGCUUUAGCGCCAACUCUAGUCUUUAUUCCCAAUAUGAUUACACCAUCCAUUCGGAAGCCUCGCCUCCGUCUCAUCUGAAUGAAUCUUCACAUAGAAGCCGAGAAAUCUUUAGUCAUCACCACUACUCCAAUCAAGAGGCAACUUCCAGUUCGAAUCAAAAACGCUUUCCCAGCAAAAAGAAACGAAGGAAAAGCGAAGGGGAGUCGCACAAUAGGUCGCAUCCCGAGGACCCCGAAGAGGCCAUGGGUUGGCGGAAACGCACCACUUUCGCCGAUCGACCACCGCCUCAUUAUACGAAAAAGCCUCCAGGGGGUGGGAUCCUCCGGCAACCCAGUCACAAUCCCGUAGCUCUACCGAGAUUCAGUGAUCCCGCACCUCGUCUCGUGGAUCCGGGACCAGCUUCGUUUCAUUAUGCGGGCAAUUCGCUCAGUGCCCUGGGUGCGGGCAAUUACAACACUUUCAGCAAUUACCAGUUCUACCGUCGACCCUAUCCGGGGAAUUUCGCUUACAUGAGCCCGGGUGAGUACUAUCACGGGAUGAACCUCGUGGCACGUCCCUUCGAUCCCCGGUACGCCUUUGAUUAUUCCAAAACCCUGGGUCGCAAGAGGCGAGAAAGUCCCAUGGCCACGGUUCCGGUCCUUUCCCCGCCCAAUGCGACGGCCACUGGUAUGGGAGUGGCCAUGGAACUCAAGCCCAUCAACUGGAAGAAGGUCAAGAGUCGCGGAUCCUCGUCCCACAAAUCCGCGAGUGAUAACUACAAAAUGUUCACAUGGAGCCCGUACAGCUCGAACGUGCCGGUGUUCUAUCCGGAAGCAGCCGUGUUCCCGGUGCGCUUGAAGCAUCCCAAUGGAAAAAGUCUCGAAGACUUACGAUUCUAGCUCAAUUUCUUUUUCUUUAUAUUUUUUAUGCCCACCAUCGCGCCAAUCAAUAAAAUAUGUGUCUCUCAAGCCCCAGUGAAAAGCAAGUGCAGAAGUGUGGGCAACGACAUGGUGGUUUUCGUUUAAUCGCUCAGCAAGACCCCUUUCUUGAGAAUGAUGUUACCAUAUGGAGCGCAAUCUC